GACGAGCUUCAAUCGAUUUAAUAAUUACUUCGACUUGGAUUUCGAUUUGUUUGUAAAUAAAACAUCGAGAGAACCUGAUCGGAAAACCAUAACUUUUGUUUUACCUUUUAAACAGUAUUUCAAUUUUUGAAAUAACUGUGUUACCGGUAUGGAUUUCAAAGAAGAACUUUUAUCUAUUAUUCCACCGUUGUCAGUGGAUUCUCAUAAAGGCGCUGCUGGAAGAAUCGGUAUUGUUGGUGGCUCCAAAAAUUACACUGGUGCUCCUUACUAUGCUGCAAUUUCCGCAUUGAAAGUUGGUUGUGAUCUUGCUCACGUAUUCUGUUGGCGAGAUGCUGCUCAGGUUAUUAAAACAUAUAGCCCUGAAUUAAUUGUUCACCCGAUACUUGAUAGCCCCAAUUUUAUCGAAGAAGUUACAGAUUAUUUGCCAUCGUUACAUUCAUUAGUUAUAGGACCCGGUUUGGGACGUGAUAAAAUAACUUUCGAUGCUACACGUAGCUUGAUUAACUUAGCGAAGAAAAGAGAUAUGCCUCUAGUCUUUGAUGCGGAUGCUUUGUUUUAUUUAAACGAAAAUUUUCAGGAUGUUAUGUCUUAUAAAAAAGCUAUAUUAACACCAAAUAAAGUUGAGUUUAAACGCCUUUAUGAAGCAGUCUUAAAGAAAAAUUUGCAAUCAGAUGGUUGUAAAGGGGAAGUCGAAGAGUUAUCGAAUGCCAUGGGAGUUACUAUUGCAAAAAAAGGUCCAUUGGAUAUUAUAUCUGAUGGUUCAAAUACGGUACUUUGUGAUGAGUUAGGUAGUCCCAGAAGAUGUGGUGGUCAAGGUGAUUUACUUUCUGGUUCUAUGGGAGUGUUUAGUUACUGGGCUCAUAAAAGGUAUCCUGAAGCCAAGACUCAUUGUCCUACAAUAUUAGCUGCUUUAGCGGCUUGUAUAUUGACUAGAAGAUGCAAUCACCUUGCUUUUAAGAAAUUCCAACGUAGCAUGCUUACAUCGGAUAUGAUAUCUGAAAUUCAUGCAUCAUUUAGUUUUUUUGUUUCAAAAGCAGAACUUGUAUGAAACAGAAUAUCUAAUUUAUUAAAUUUAAUGCGUGUUUUACUGUAAAUUCAAAAAUUGUAUAAAAAGAAAUUCUUUAUAUCUUUUACAAUGUUGAAUUUUGUAUAAAUAUGAAGAAAAAAAAUUUAGUUAUAAUUAUGUGUUAUGUAAAGAUUUCAACCAAAAGAAGUGGGAUAUUUUUAUAUUAGUGCCUGUUUAGACCAUUUGAAAUCAUCCAGGUGCGAAGUUUAACCGUUUAAUUCUUGUAUUUGUAAUAAAUUUAA